AAUGGCGCCCGCAUCACCUGUGCUUGAGUCCAUUGACCAAGAAAACACGUCCAUCAUCUAUGCCGUACUACCACCGCUGAUCAAAAACUCGAUGCCAAAGGUGCCAUCUCUGCGCCGCUCGCUGUCGGGUUACAACCGUGCAGCUGCAUUAGUCGGUCACGUUCGAGCUUUGAGCACAGAGAGUGCCAGACCUGGCUCAGCAACCCCUCCACCGCCCUAUCAAGAACCUAUCGCAUCCCNNCUGACUUCUGUCCUGUCUGAUGUUGACUUCCAAGAAACUCCACCGACGUCGCCUAGAUCUCUGCCUGCCGAUACUGCUGUAUUCGUAAACGACGAACGAGCGGGUAUACGAUGGGAAUUCGCACGUCAAGGCUCGUCGUGUCUUUCUUCAAAUCCCGACUUCAGCCGCCAAUUGUACAUUGAUGGGGUCAGUUAUCUUCUCCGAGGUCUGCCACAAGACCUCUCUUCCGAAGAGACAAUACGGCUUCAAGCUGCUAUGCCAUCUGAAAUGAUACCACUGCAGCAGCCUGCGGACAGAGUUAUGAUCCGAGAUCAGACCUAUGACAACCAGGUCACGCAACAAGAAGAGGAUCCAACGCUACUCCAUCGUGUAGUAGCAAUGGUCGUGCUUCAGAUCUUCAUUCUCAUGUCGUUCCUCUGGCCUUACAUCCAGACGAUAUGCCGAGGUGCAUACCAGUAUGAACGAGAACACCACAUCUCGGAGAAAAUACUCAACCAAUCCUGGGCGACUGCAAACGUAUUGAGCAAGAACACCAUGGCCAUCGCCAAAACCGUGUGUAACUGGAAUGAUGGACAGGUUGGCGUGGCCUUAGAGGACAUGAUAUUCUGGUGGGUUCAUGGCGUUACAGGCGGGUUGCGAGACGGUGUUAGGGAUGGGAUGGAGGUGUUUGGUGUCAAGGGCGUAGACCACCGCGAACGGAGACGCUCUAGAGCU